GUUUCGUGUUGUGAUGUUUUACAUCUGUACUUAAUCAUAUAUUUUUUGCACACCCAGUUGAGGAAUCUAAACCCGUUCAUACAGGAAGAGAUAUCGUCUGAAUGACUACACCGCGACACAACUCAAGGGCGCUACGCGAAAGCCAAAUUCAGGACAGACUAAUUUGAUCUUUUCGGGCUCAGGUAUGGCAGAUUUGUUGCGACUCCUGCUGAAUGUCUCAGAGAAAGCGGCUAACGUGGCGAGGGUGUGCAGACAGGAGGCUCCGCUGUUUGAACUCCUCGUCCAGGAGAAGACUGGCGCUGACAAGAACAAGAAGUUCGUCCAGGACUUCAAGACACUCGCUGAUGUGGUGAUCCAGGAGAUGAUACGACAUGACGUUGGUGCCCAGUUUCCAGAAAUGGUUGGUUUUAUUCAUGGGGAAGAGUCUAACAAGUUUGAGAAUGGACUUGGAGAGAGUGUUACAGUGACAGUAUGUGCCCAGGAGAAAGACACAGCUGCACUGCUGGCCACCGUGCUGGACGGAGACCAGACAGCUGCAUCCCUCCUGGCCAGAGCCAUCCAUCAAGAGCUCCAGCUCAGGGAUGAGGCAGCUGAGGCCUUACAGCUCCCCCUCAGCCCCGUGGACCUGGGCAUCUGGAUCGACCCCAUAGAUGCCACUAGUCAGUACAUUGAGGGAAAGGAAGAGGUGGCACCAGAGGGUGGGUUCUGUUCAUCCGGACUGCCUUGUGCUCUGGUUCUGAUUGGAGUUUACCUGCGAGCCAGUGGAGAACCAGUCAUGGGUGUCAUCAACCAGCCGUUUAACCAGAAAGACUCCACAGGCAAUGGAUGGAAAGGUCAGCAUUUCUGGGGAGUGUCGUACGGCAGUGUAAACACCUGCUCCUUGCCACGACCCGUGAAUUCAUUAUUGGGUAAAGAAGAUGGCACAGUCUCAGUGGUGCUGAGUUCCAGCGAGAAACAGGACGUGAAAGACGCCCUUGCCCCGCUCGGCCGCCUCAUGUACGCCUCCGGAGCCGGUUACAAGAUCCUGUGUGUCAUCCUGGGUCUGGCAGAUGUUUACGUCCUCUCAGAGGGCAGCACUUUCAAAUGGGACUCCUGCGCUCCCCAUGCCCUGCUCAGGGCUCUCGGAGGAGGAGUGGCAGACCUCAGGGAGAGCCUCUCUGCCUCUCGAGGCUGUGUCAUCGAGGGUAAGGCAGGACAUGGAGCUGAACUGACCUAUCACAUACCCCGGACUGGAUGCCAGGGGGUGGAGAAAUGGGCCAAUCAUGGAGGGUUGGUGGCCUAUUUGGACUCUAAAGUGUUAAUGAAGGUUGUAGGGGAACUUUCUGGGAAACGCUAAAGGGGAUUUUCAUGUUUUCCAAGUCCCAUGGGGGUAUAUUUCUCUGAGGAUGGGAUUCAUUGUUUUAUCAUCCCUAUUGUUUCUGGGGGGGUUUUUUAUCAGUUACGAGUCAACAUGCCGAUCUGUAUAAUGAUGGUGCAUCUUGUUGAGAUGGUUGAUCUCUGAAUUUAUUCACACCCCUGAUAAAAUCAGGACCGUAUCGUUCCCUUACUGAGUGCUUAAAACAUUUGGCGUCUCUAGCAGGUAUUCAGUUCUGCCAGUUUUCCAUAUUACACGCUGCCACAUUGUAGAGCAGUAGAACAUUCCAAUAAUCUCUUUAUUGACAUUCUCUUUGUUUGUUUAGUGAUAAUCUCUGUUAGCUGCUCUGACAGUCUCCAAAUAAGAACUGUUUUUAUGCAUGCCUUCUCUAAUAGGUGGAAGCAUUCAGCUCUUUAAGAUGGGAGACUUGUUAUAGACUCAAAAGCUGAAAAUUCAUUGUCUUGAUUAAGGAAAGUAGUGCUUUUCCCAUCAUCUUGUCUUGUUUGUACAGUACAUGCUGGACAAAUUUCUUUUUAAUAGAGAGAUGCAGUUAUUCUGAGCAAAUCAAUGCAAUGUCAGAAGUUGCGCUAAUGUUAAUGUUGGCUCAUUUGAUUUGUAUUAUGGAUAAUCAAAGGUGUGACUAAACAUACAAGCCUGAUGCA